AUGAUUGAAAAUUUAAUAGCUCUUCGAAAUGUUUCCAUUUCAGUUCUAGGAGACGCAUUUUCAACCGCUAGCCCAUGCGUAUCUGGUGUCAGCUUCAACAGCACUCCUACUUGGAGUUCCAGAGGGAGCCCGAAAAGUGUAGAUGAUCAUUUACAAUCAGAAGAACAGAAUCUUGUGAGCUUCAGCUCUUCACCAAAAAAUGAUUCUUCUGCUGAUGUGGGAACGUCGAGCCCUGAGCAUGGUCAAAGUGAAGAGCACGCGCUUGAUGGUAGUUCAGCGGAGUCUCAUGAUACUACCAGUCGGGAACGUGAGCAGUUGACGGAAAUCGUUGAUGACCCGAGCGAUACAAUUCAAGCAGCAGAGCCAGUCACGAUUGCUUAUGAGUAUCUGUUGCAGCAAAACGUGCUACACCCAACUCUCUUGAAAGGACGAAGUAUGAUGAAAUGUUCGAGUGCAAGGAAUUCCGGAGAAGUUCCUAAGAUGAAGAACAAAACCAUUGCCGAAAGGUCCCGCCGUCAUUUGGUGCUGAACGAUCGUGUCGAUAUAUGGACAAAGAUUCCGUUUCCCAAGCUAUAA